UAACUCACUUGAGAUUAAGAUUUAUGUCAAAAGAAAGUGAUAAGAAACUAUUGUAGCUGUAAUGGUAUGAAAUAAGAGGUCCAAAUUUCACCAAAUGAAAGUCUCUCUAGAUAAGAAUAGAAUCCACAAAUCCCAAUUCUAUUGGUCCAUAUUCCACUUUGCCUCCACAUCUAUAUUGCCAAUUUUCCCAUUCCACCCAAUCAAAUCAAAACCUCAUCUCUCUCUCUCUCUCCCAAGCUUCUUUCUACUCAGAUUAAUCUUCGAAUCCCAAAACAGAGAGCCUCUCAUACUCAUACUCAUACUCCAACAAUGGCAGCAACCAUGGCAACAAUGGCAAUCCUCAACACCAAGUGCUUAACCACCAACAAAAUGAUAAUGAUGAUGAACAACAACAACAACCCCACCAAGCAAAUUUCAUCAAAACCCAAUUCCCUUUUCUCAAUCCAAAACCUCCCCAAAGGAUUAAACGACAAGUCGUUUAAUACUACCAUAGCAGGAACAGCCAUAGCAGGAGCCAUAUUCACCACACUAAGCGCCUGCGAACCAGCCAUGGCGGUUCAGCAAAUAGCUGACAUAGCAGCGGAAGCCACCAGCAACGACAACCGCGGCUUGGCUCUGCUCCUUCCAAUCAUCCCAGCCAUAGCUUGGGUCCUCUUCAACAUUCUGCAGCCGGCUCUGAACCAGCUGAACCGCAUGAGGAGCUCAAAGGGUGUAGCCAUCGGGCUCGGACUUGGGCUGGGAGCCGCGGCUUCAGGGCUGAUGGGUGCGCAAGAAGCAUCGGCUGGUGAGCUGGCGGCUAUAGCCGAGGCUGCAGCUGCUGGGAGUGAUAACAGAGGACAGCUUCUGUUGUUGGUUAUAUCUCCAGCUAUUCUUUGGGUUCUUUACAAUAUUCUACAACCGGCUUUGAACCAGCUCAACAGGAUGAGGUCUCAGUAAGUAAUUAAGUGUUAAUUCUCUGUUCUAAAAUAUUAUUUAUUUUCUUUGCAAUUUCCAAAAAAGAACAAAAAAAAAAAGAAAAAACUUUCUUGUUAUUGAAAGUUGUGUAAUGAAACAUGUUUCAUAUUGAUUAGCUUUUUUUUUUUUUUUUUGUUCUUGAUGUGUAUUUAGUUACCGCCCCCAAGUUCUUCACAAAAUUAUAUAUUGAUAUAUAUCUUUUCUUUU